AUGACCAGCCUCUUCAGUACAGCCGAUGAGCACGCCUUUGAUCAUCCCGAAAUGCCCAGCCUCAACCCCGACGGCAACGCCGUAGCUGGGCCCUCGUCCAACGGGGAUGCUGUCUCGACUCUGAGCGUGGAAGAAGCGUUCGAGGUGGAAGAUACCGUCAGGCGGAUCACUGAGGGCGGGUACAAGACUAUAGGUCUACAGUUCCCGGAUGAGCUCCUACCAUCCUCGGUACCUGUCUUCCGAGCUAUUCAGCGGGGAAUACAGGGCUCGAGCGCACAGGCCUACGUCCUCGCCGACUCGACAUACGGAAGCUGCUGUCCGGACGUCCUGUCAUGUCUCCACCUCCCUGCUGACUACUUGGUACACUACGGCCAUGCCUGUCUGACACCCACAGACGCUCUCCCAGUCCACUAUGUCUUCCAGCGGCAGUCACUGGACGUUGAGGAAGCACUGAAUGCAUUUCGCGCAGCGAGCGAAGCAGACCGGAGUGAGAGGAAAGGCACUGUGGUAGUGUGGGACGUAGGAUACGACUGGAAAGCGGAGGACAUCGUACAGAGGUUCUCAGCCGCUCUACCGCCUGACUCCGCCUCCUUCGCUACCAUCCGUCGUCCAGCCUCCAAGUCUUCUCAGACUGGCUCAUCGGACCCGGCAGCAAGGGCGGGACAGCCGGCAGAUACAAGUACAGCUCCUUUACGCUCGGUCGAACCGCCGCCCGGUAUGACCAUGAGCGAGUGUAUGAUCUGGUACAUCGGCGAGGAAGGCCGAGGAUUGAUGAACAUCCAAAUGCAGAAUGCCGACGCUGCAAUAUACCUGUAUACGCCUUGGACAUCCUCCGCCCGUCCGCUGCAUACCACCUCCCGCGCAUUGCAACGCCGCCUCUUAUCGAUCCACUCCGCCGUCACAUCCUCCAUCUUUGGACUGGUCGUACAUUCUGUCGGGCUCAGCUCGGCUCAGCCAUUACUCGCCGAGCUCCGCGCCUUGCUUCGACAACACAGGAAGAAGAGCUAUACGCUUACGGUUGGACGGCUGAAUCCUGCUAAAUUGGCGAAUUUCGAGACGGUGGAGUGUUUUGUUCUGGUCGGAUGUAGGGAAGGUGGACUGGUCGAUUCCAAGGAAUUCUUACGUCCCAUUAUCACGCCCUGGGAGCUCAUUCUCGCCCUGCAAGGCCCAGAACACAGGUGGGAGCCAGGAAGGUGGACACUCGACAUGUCCAAGGUCCUCGAAGAAGCCAAAGCUGCGCGGUCAGAGAUGUCGCAGAACGGUGGUGCAAACGGCGAGGAGGGCGAGGAGGAAGAAGACGAGACCGACAAUCUCGCACCGGUGUUUUCGAUCGUAGAUGGGACGUACAAGUCCCGCCGGACGUUUGGCAGUAGACGGAAAGGACCAAAUGGUGCUGGCGAGACCAGUACCGGUGUGGAUGGUGCGGAGGACGGCGUGCGGGAUCUGACUCUGCGGAGUAAGGAGUUCACGUUGGCCAAGCUGGAAUCUGCUGGUAGUCAUUAUCUGUCUAGUCGAAGCUUUCAGGGACUGGAGAUGCGGUAUGGAGAGGAUGCACCGGCUGAGCUAGAAGAGGGGCGAAGCGGGAUCGCGAGGGGCUAUACCGAGGAGAAGUGA